CAAAAUAAUAAUAAAAAAUUGGUUUUCUUCGUAUGGGAUUCCUCCUUCUCCGCCUUCCUCCUUUCAGAUGAGAAGAAGAAAAGAAAGGAAGUAAAGCAGUAGCAGCGCCCAUCUGGGAUUCCUUCUUCUCCAUGGCUUCUCUCUUGUUCUCGUUCCUCCUCUCCUCGUUUUCUAUGCUGGCUUGCUUCUCCUCCGUCUCCGGCCAGGAGAAUGAGGAACGUCGCCGUCACGCCCAUCAAUCGAGAUCUUUACCACCGCUGCAGUUGGGUGCCCGGAGAACGAAAUAGAUGCAGCAGCUGGGCGCUAGGAGAGCAUCCCCAACGGCCUAUCUCCCAAUCACCACCGCAGCGGCGACGUUUCUCCUCCGCCAUGCUUCUUCCUCCACCGCCCUUGCUUAUUCCCCGCCAUUAUCCAAUCGACGAUUAACUCUCGCCGCCUUCCCGUCCCCUAAAUUUCAUAACAGCGACCGCCGGCCUCCUAGUCUACCGUCGUUGGGUGUGUAAUUACAACUCCACCACCUCUGUCUCAUCUCCUUCCCGAUGGCUUUCUUCGUUCUUUCCUUCUUUGCACUCUGCGUCAAGAUCAGUGGCGAGAACUGCGGCUCCCUCUUUCAUAUGAAAACUAGGUAGGUGGCGUUAUUUUAGUAAAGGGAGCCCUAAAUUCGGAUCCAAAUAAUCAUUCUGGAGCGUUAUUUUAGUGAGGGGAGCUCUAUAUUCGGAGUCAGAGAACACAAUUAAUUGGACCAAGUGCUGGCGGAAUCUUUUUUGGGGAGAUUUUUAUUGGACCGGAGAAUUCCUGGACGAAAAGCGGAGCGGAGUGCUGGGGAGCAUGCUGUGGGAUUGAGGCGAAGUUCUAACUUGAAAGUAAAGUGAUGAACGAUUU